UCCCUCGACAACUUUAAGUGUAUUGUUAUGUAGCAGCCUCCUUAUGCGUGCGCUGCCUUUCAUUGGCGAUAGGCGCGCGCAGAUAAACGACGCAGUAGUGCUUGAAGUGGGCGUAACGUAAGUGAAAGCUGGCAAAGCAGGAACGAGACCUGCCUCUUUAAGUCGGUGUCAAAGCCGAUUACAGCUGAUCCCAGCCGUGAUUCUGCCUCAACGUAUUUCCACGAGAAGGUUUUUUUAAUAGUCCACUUCAUCACUGCAAGACCUUCUCACGUGGUUCAGUUGAGUUUAGAAUUUUACUUCCACUCCAAACUUUCAUUCACACAAGCAUGGAUCGUAUCCUUCACUCGUUUGGAUAAAUCACUCUAUGGGCUCCUGUGGAUAUGAGUUAUAUGGACCACUUCACCUCAGUGAGACAACUUUUGCAGACGUGUGGGGUGUAAGCUUUUGGUUACUUCUGAGAGGACAAGAAUAAAGGAGAGUGGACAGCAUCACUCGGCAAUGGUGUCUGGUAAAUAAAGACGCUGUAAACGAACGGAAAAUGCAGAAGAGUGUUCGGUAUAAUGAGGGGCACGCUCUGUUUCUCUCCGUGGUCGCGCGCAAAGAAGGCACCAAACGAGGUUAUCUCUGUAAGAAGACCACAGAAAACAGUCGGUGGCACGAAAAGUACUUUGCCCUCUAUCAGAAUGUCUUGUUUUAUUUCGAAAAUGACCAGAGCACACGCCCGUCCGGAAUUUACUUACUGGAGGGAUGCACAUGUGAACGAGUCCCAGCACCUAAGGUGUCAACCGCAGGCAAGGAAACGCUGGACAAGCAGCACUAUUUCCUCAUCGUCUUCGGUCACGAUGGCCAGAAGCCCCUGGAGCUACGCACCGACGAGGAGGCGGAGUGUGAUGAGUGGGUGGAGGCCAUCCAGCAGGCCAGCUACUCUGACAUCAUCAUCGAGCGUGAGGUGCUCAUGCAGAAGUACAUCCACUUGGUACAGAUCGUGGAGACGGAAAAGGUGGCGGCCAAUCAGCUGAGGACACAGUUAGAGGAUCAGGACACAGAGAUUGAGAGGUUAAAGGCUGAGAUCAUAGCACUAAAUAAAACCAAGGAGAGAAUGCGUCCAUACCAAGCAACCCAAGAAGAGGAGGACCCUGACAUUAAAAAAAUAAAAAAGGUGCAGAGCUUCAUGCGGGGUUGGCUGUGCCGGCGCAAGUGGAAGAUCAUCGUGCAGGACUACAUCUGCUCGCCGCAUGCUGAGAGCAUGCGCAAGAGGAACCAGAUUGUCUUCAACAUGGUGGAGGCAGAGACCGAGUACGUGCACCAGCUCUCCAUCCUGGUCAACUGCUUCCUGCGGCCGCUGCGCAUGGCCGCCAGCUCCAAGAAGCCGCCCAUCAGCCAUGACGAUGUCAGCAGCAUCUUCCUCAACAGUGAAACAAUCAUGUUCUUGCACGAAAUAUUCCACCAAGGCCUGAAGGCGAGGAUAGCGAACUGGCCCACCCUGGUUCUAGCGGAUCUGUUCGAUAUCCUGCUCCCCAUGCUGAACAUCUACCAGGAGUUUGUGAGGAACCAUCAGUACAGUCUGCAGGUGUUGGCUAACUGCAAGCAGAACAGGGACUUUGACAAGCUCCUGAAGCAGUACGAGUCCAACGCGGCCUGCGAGGGGAGGAUGCUGGAGACUUUCCUCACGUAUCCCAUGUUCCAGAUCCCCCGCUACAUCAUUACUCUUCAUGAACUCCUGGCCCACACCCCUCACGAGCAUGUGGAGCGCAAGAGUCUGGAGUUUGCCAAGUCCAAGCUGGAGGAUCUCUCCAGGAUUAUGCACGAUGAGGUGAGUGACACUGAAAACAUCCGCAAGAACCUGGCCAUCGAGCGCAUGAUCGUAGAAGGCUGCGACAUCCUCCUUGACACCAGCCAAACAUUUGUGAGACAGGGCUCUUUGAUCCAGUUGCCCUCUGUAGAGCGGGGGAAGCUCAGUAAGGUGCGCCUGGGCUCGCUGUCUCUGAAGAAGGAAGCGGAGAGACAGUGCUUCCUGUUCACAAAGCACUUCCUCAUUUGCACACGCAGCUCAGGGGGCAAGCUACACCUGCUCAAACAGGGAGGCGUUCUGUCACUGAUCGACUGCACUCUCAUCGAGGAGACGGAGGCCAGCGACGAGGAGUCCAAGAACACGGGCCAGGUGUUUGGCCAUCUGGACUUCAAGAUAGUGGUGGAGCCCUCGGAUGCCCCUGCCUUCACCGUGGUCCUGCUGUCUCCCUCCCGCCAGGAGAAGGCUGCCUGGACCAGCGAUAUCAGCCAGUGCAUUGAUAACAUACGCUGCAAUGGCCUGAUGACCAGUGUGUUUGAGGAGAACUCUAAAGUCACAGUGCCGCACAUGAUCAAAUCAGACGCACGUCUCCAUAAAGAUGAUGUUGACAUUUGCUUCAGCAAGACGCUCAACUCCUGCAAGGUCCCCCAGAUCCGCUACGCCAGCGUGGAGCGUCUGCUGGAGAGGCUGACCGACCUGCGCUUCCUCUCCAUCGACUUCCUCAACACCUUCCUGCACACCUACCGCAUCUUCACCACCGCCGCCUUCGUCUUGGACAAACUGGCCGACAUCUACAAGAAGCCCUUCACCUCCAUCCCUGUCAGGUCGCUGGAGCUGUUCUUCGCCACCAACCAGAACAACCGCGGUGGGGGCGAGCACAACAAUGACAAGUCGCCCCGCCUGUGCCGCAAGUUCUCCGGUCCACCGCCGCUCACCAUCGCCUCCCGCACUUCGCCGGUGCGCAUCCGCAAGCUCUCCCUUAACACCCCACUGUGCUCCACCUCCUCCUACUCGAGGGGACUGGACCUCUCCUCCCCCUCCCCCACCGCCACCUUCUCAGCCACCAGCUUCUCAGCCACCAGCAGCCCCACGUCAGCCACCUGCCCGGGGACCCCCACCACAUCCCCCCCGCCCGCUGUGACGCCCCCCGCAGGAGGCACCAAGCCCACGCUGGAACUGGGUUCGGCCCCCUCCAUUUUGCCCUCGCCCUCCCCGGACCAGAGCCCCACCGCCACCGAGGAGAACCCAGAGCUGCCGCGCAUUGAUCCUUUCUGCGGGAAGCUCCGACGCAGCAUCCGCAGGGCUGUUCUGGAGUCAGCGUCACUGGACAAGUUCAUCCCGGAGAGCCCUCAGGGCAGUGAGUCUGGGGACACCUCGCCCUGCCGGUCCCCCUCUACACCACGUCAUCUGCGCUUCCGAGGAAAUGCAGUUCAAGCAACAGAGAACUCCCGCUGCUCUGUGUCCCCUGCCUCGGCUUUUGCCAUCGCCACGGCAGCUGCUGGCCACAGCAGUCCGCAAGUUUUCAACAGUUCAGAGAGGACGUGCGACAAAGAAUUCAUCAUAAGGAGGGCUGCUACCAACCGAGUUCUGAAUGUCCUUCGUCACUGGGUCUCCAAGCAUUCACAGGACUUUGAGAUGAACAGCGAGCUGAAGGCGUGUGUCAUCUGCCUGCUAGAGGAAGUGCUCAAAGACCCUGACCUGCUCCCUCAAGAGAGGAAAGCCACCGCAAACAUUCUAAGUGCCCUUUCUCAAGACGAUCAGGACGACGCACAGCUGAAGAUCGAGGACAUUCUGCAAAUGGCUGAAUGCCCUCGGACAGAGUGCUUUGAGUCCCUGUCGGCCAUGGAGCUGGCCGAACAGGUCACACUCCUGGACCACAUUGUCUUCAGGAGCAUUCCUUAUGAGGAGUUCCUCGGCCAGGGGUGGAUGAAGACAGACAAGACGGAACGCACCCCCUACAUCAUGAAGACGAGCCAGCAUUUUAAUGAUAUGAGCAACCUGGUGGCAUCCCAGAUCAUGACCCACACUGACGUGGGCUCCAGGGCCAGCUCCAUAGAGAAGUGGGUGGCCGUGGCCGACAUCUGCCGCUGCCUCAACAACUACAACGGCAUGCUGGAGAUCACCUCCGCGCUGAACCGCAGCGCCAUCUACAGACUUAAGAAGACCUGGGCCAAAAUCAGCAAGCCGACUAGAGCAUUGAUGGACAAGCUCCAGAAGACAGUGUCUUCAGAGGGGAGAUUCAAGAAUUUGAGGGAGACUUUAAAAAACUGUAACCCACCCUGUGUGCCCUAUCUGGGAAUGUACCUAACAGACCUGGCCUUCAUUGAGGAAGGAACUCCAAAUUUCACUGAGGAGGGACUGGUCAACUUCUCAAAGAUGAGAAUGAUAUCCCAUAUUAUCCGAGAGAUUCGCCAGUUCCAGCAGACACCAUACAGGGUAGAUCACCAACCAAAGGUCACUCAGUACCUUCUGGAUAAAACCCUGAUCAUGGAUGAAGAUACUUUGUACGACCUGUCCCUCAAGAUCGAACCCAGGCUCCCUGCUUGAGCCCUGGCAACUUGUGUCGAGCUGCUCCUGACAGGAUCGUCAAGGAGGGCUGGGAGGAGGCCUGGGGGUCUCUCAGAGGGUGGAGAAUACUGGAAGGAGAUGGACGACUGUCAGCUGGUCUGGGCAAAGUUAGGAAAGGGAGAUAAAAGAGAGAGACAGAAGAUUGUCUAGAGGAAGGAUAGAGGCCUAUUGUAUGUAUGAGGGGCGUCUUUAAGUGCUAACGCUUGCAGAGCAUUCCAGUGGAAGUGGCCAUAAGGAAGGAGAGGAUGGGAGAGACACCAGAGUUAGUGGCGUCUUAUCAGAGAGCAGGAAAUGCAUUUCAAACGUCAUUACCAUAACUGCUUGUCUGAUAAGAAAAAAAAAAAAGAUUAAGAAAAACAAAAAGAAAGAAGAAAGAAAUGUAGCAUGUACAGACGUAAUCCAAAAUGGUCCUUUCAGUUUGUAUGCCAACUUUUGUAUGUCUAUUUGUUGUGCCAUUUCCAGCGGUAGCGGUAGUAGUUCCCAGAUCUUUGCUUUCAUGGGUUGUUGAAGUUGACUGCUGAAUUUGACUUUGCAUGAGCUAGACCAUGUGGAUGUGAGUAAACCUUUCCAUUUAGAUCUAUCACCUUCAGUCCCAGGCAAUGAUUAAAGUUCACAGGUGAUGACCCACCUGCAAACAUUGAAAUUUUCCAGUUUGUUGUUUUAAGUGAAAUUCAUUUUGCUAGGUGAAGCUUAAUGCAGUUUGAUUUCCCCCAUGAGAGCUUACCAUAAAUGGUAAAAACAAACCUUUAUGCGGUGCCUUGUCUUAUGCCUAAUCAAAUUAUGCCUGCCUGUCUUUCAGCACUAGUCUGAAUGACAAUAAAACAAACCACCACAGCCACCAAACAUUAUCUCUAUUUUGGUAUUAUCUAAAGUAAACAUCAUCAACCGUCCCCUUCACAAACAGCAAACAAAAUCCAACGUCAAUAUUCUGUUACCACCAACAGUAGUCAUGAAAAUACAGUGAAUGUAACGCAGGUGCCGUGUGUAUAGACAGAGUGAUGCGCUAAUGACAUGGCCUUUCUUCUAAUAUCGAUCGCGGAUCAUUCCUGUCUGGCCCCGGGGGGGCACAGGUUGCUGUUUGAGGUGCGGCCCUUUUCAUGUGUCUCUCAAAAAGCUGCUGUGAAACACUGAUGAAAGUUGCAUGGGUUCACCAGGGGCUUCAAAUGGCCUUUUGAUCCGAAGCCGUUUAUGACCCGCGGUCCUCAAUCCACGCGUGAGCAUGAUCUGUCAAAAAGGCACCUACGAUCAGCUAGAUUCAAUCCAAACGUAGAAUUCUAAUCAAGUCCAAGUGUAGCAAGUUGUUGUAAAGAAGCGUAUUCGGGUCACAGAUUUGCAUUUACCUUCAAGGUGCGCAGGCUGUUUAAAGUACUGCAUAUCAUUACUCCAAAGUCUCCCUCUAGUGGUUAGAGCAGACCAACACACUAAUGAGGAUUGAGCACCAACUUUCUGGUGAACGACGGCACUCUUGUCUUUUCCACUUCAGAGAUGAAUAACAAAAUAAUGCAUACUGACAUUAAUGUGUUAGGUGGUCAUUAAGUCUUCUAGAAUAAUUUAUCAGACAGUUGCAUGCAACGGUAAAGACAUAUUUGCAUGAAAGAGAUUUAUUUUGCAAGAACAAUGUAAUGGGUUUCUGUUGCUGCUGUGUAUUUAACUUGAUCUCUGAAAUCCUUAAAAAAAGAAGAAACAAACAGGAAGACGCUGCCUCUGUCCUGACAAAUGCAUUUUCCCAAAGUAGUAUGUUAUUUGCUGUCAUGUUCAAGGUCUGAGCAGAUGAAGGGGUUUGGCAUGUGAUAUUGUAAAAUACCACUAUGCAUCAUGGGAAAUGAGUUAAUCAAAUAUCCACGGCCCAUCUCCCUGUUUAUGGCUGUUUGACAUGAAGGAGAACCAAGACUGAUGUGUCGAACGGUAAACUGCUAGAACACGGUGGCAUCAGGAAGGGCGCACUUUUUCCGCAAUGUAGCGUCGCCUGUCUUAUGAGACGAGUGUGGUGUAUUUAUUUCGUAAAAUAUUUAUUUGACCCUGUUUUGUAUAUAGUGCAUCCAACAUGAGUUUAUGAAAUUAUGUCACUUCUGUUGUUGUUGUUGUUAUAUGAUACUUUAAUUUUGCAAUUUAUUAUAAAUGACCUUUCGACUCUGCAAAGUAGUUAAGAGAAAAAAAAUGUAGCAUAUUUUUCAUGGUUCUAUUAUAUUUCCUCUUCAUUUUUUAUCAGUUUUGUGUGAAGUGUAAUGUGGACACUGCAUUAGUGCUCAUAUACGCAGCAUGUCUGCAUGUGGGAUUUUCCUGUUUUUUCCUGUGCAAGACCUCUUUUUUUUCUAUAUUACUUGUGUGAAAGUCCUGUUUCAUGUUUCUCUCUUCUCUUUCUUCUAUGACACAAUGUACAGCUGAAGUACAGUGAUUCCAUGCUCAUGUCAAUUAAAAUGAAACAAAAAAUGAAA